GCGUGACACGCAACCCCCUGUGCUUGUCCCUGGCAGAGGAUGGCUACUCGCAUUACUCUCUGACUGUGCACGGCUGCCGGAUCGCUUUCCUUUACUGGCCACUGCUGGAAAGUGCAAGGCCUGUGAAAUUCCUCUGGAAGCUUGAGCAGGUCUGUGACGACGAGUGGCACCAUUAUGCCCUCAACCUGGAGUUCCCCACCGUCACGCUCUACGUGGAUGGCGUGUCUUACGACCCCGCUCUCAUCCACGACAACGGCCUCAUUCAACCCCCCCGGCAGGAGCCCUCGCUCAUGAUUGGAGCCUGCUGGGCCGAGGAGAAAAACAAAGAGAAAAUCAAAGGAAACGAGAACUCCACUGAUACUGUGCAAGGAGAUUCUCUGUCGAUCCACCACUACUUCCAUGGUUACUUGGCUGGCUUCACUGUGCGCCCUGGUAGCUUGGAGAGCCGGGAGGUUAUUGAAUGCCUGUAUGCGUGCCGUGAGGGGCUUGAUUACAGUGACUUCGACAGUCUGGGCAAAGGGAUGAAGGUGCAUGUGAACCCCUCUCAAUCCCUGCUCACCUUGGAGGGCGACGACGUGGAGACUUUCAACCACGCAAUCCAGCACGUGGCUUACAUGAAUUCCCUGCGCUUUGCCACCCCCGGCGUCCGGCCGCUCAGACUCACCACCACUGUCAAGUGUUUCAGCGAAGAGUCCUGUGUCUCCAUUCCCGACGUGGAAGGUUAUGUUGUGGUGCUACAGCCUGAUGCCCCCCAGAUCCUGUUGAGUGGCAAUGCCCACUUUGCUCAUCCUGCAUCAGACUUCGAGGCUCCCGACGGGGUCCCCCUGUUCCCCAACCUCCAGAUCACCUGCUCUAUUUCUCACCAGGUGGAGGCCAAGAAGGAUGAGAGUUGGCACGGUACCGUGACAGACACACGAAUGUCAGAUGAGAUUGUGCACAACCUGGAUGGCUGCGAGAUCUCACUGGUAGGAGAUGACUUAGACCCGGAGAGGGAGUAUCUGCUCCUGGACGGAGCGCUGCUGCAGCAGCGGGGCCUGGAGCUUGUCAACACCUCUGCCUACCUGACCAUCACAGGUGUGGAGAGCAUCGCAGUUUACGAGGAGAUACUGCGCCAGGUCUCGUACCACAUCAACCGCGAAGCUGCCCUGUACGAAAGGAAGUUUCACCUCUCCUGCACCGAGAUGAACGGACGCUACUCCAGCAACGAGUUUACUGUCGAGAUGAAUGUCCUCCACAACAUGAACCGGGCUGCUCACCCUAACCAUAUUCUGAGUUCCCAGCAGUUCGUGCACCGAGGCCAUCAUUUACUCCCGGAGUUAUCCGGGCACAGUUUGGCAAGCACCCAUAACAACCCGAUGGUCCCCAGUGCUGCCACUGUCAUCAUCGUGGUGUGCGUGGGCUUCCUGGCACUCAUGGUGAUCCUCGGCAUCCUGCGCAUCCACUCCCUGCACCGGCGGGGAGCGGGGCAAGAGGUCCCUGGGGCUGCGGAAGAGGGGCACACCGGCACCGGGGGCAAAGAGGGCGACAUGUUCUGGGACGACUCGGCCCUCACCAUCAUCGUGAACCCCAUGGAGUCCUACCAGAGCUGCCAGGAGAGAGCGGCGGAAAGCAGGGAGGGCAGAGCUGGUGAAUGCUUGGAGGAUGAAGAGGACAGCACCGACUCGGAGACCCCCGACUCGCCGGACAGCAAUGACGUAGGUGACCGACACAUCAUCGGCAAAGGCGACGGCCCUCACCGCUACUAG